GGAGAAUCCUACAGUGUCCGAGCAAUGUAUAUAUAGGGCACCUUUGAAAGUUCGCCGAAUAAAUGAAGCAGCCUAUACACCUCGUGUCAUUUCAAUUGGCCCAUUUCACCAUGAAGACGAGAGGUUGAAAUCAAUGGAAUCACUGCAACAGCUUAAAUUGAUUUACCUUAAGAGCUUUCUUGAUGGGACUGAGCUAAAAUUGGAGUUUUGUAUUAGCAAGCUCAAAGCGUGGGAAACAAAAAUUCGAAAUUGCUAUGCAGAGAACAUUCAACAAAAGAGUGACGAUUUUGUGAGAAUGAUUCUAAUUGAUGCUUGCUUCAUAAUUGAGCAUUUCCUUAGAUAUUACAUGGCGGACCAAUGGAGAGAAAGGGAUCCAUUGUUCUUAAAACCGUGGCUCGCAGAAGAUGUAGCACAGGACUUGAUCUUACUUGAGAAUCAGCUUCCAUUCUUUGUUCUUGAAGGACUUUACAACCUUGCCACUAAAAAUGAUCCUGAUCUUCCCUCAUUUCUUCAGAUUACUUUCAAGUACUUUGAGGACCUCAACCAGCAAGCAAUAAAACAUGAUGGUGUGAGUGUGAGGCAUCUCACUGAUUUACUAAGGAUAUUUUACUUAUCACUAAAUCAAAUAUUUCGAAAAAGAUCAGAAGUGGGCAGCAUAUUGGAGCAUCUAUAUUGUGCAAGUGAGCUAGCUGAGUCAGGAGUGGAGUUUAGUGUGAAUAAAACAAACAAAUGCUUACUUGAGUUACAAAAUGUUAAAGGUGUCUUGACAAUGCCGCGUCUUGAUAUAUCUGAUAGGACUGAGAUUCAUCUGAGAAAUAUAGUUGCAUUUGAGCAAGGUCAUUAUCCUUUUGAGACCUAUAUUACCGAUUACUUGAAUGUCUUAGAUUUCCUAAUCAAUAGUGAGAGAGAUGUGGAUAUACUAAUUCACAAGGGAAUUAUCACUACUUUAUUGGGUGACAGCAAUGAAGUGGCUACUAUGAUUAAUCGUCUCUGCUCGAAUCUUAUCCAGCCAAAUAUAAACUUAAAAUACCUGUCUAUAUGUAAGCAGUUGAAUGAUUUCUAUGAGAAACCUAUUCAUAAGUGGAAGGCAAGCAUGAUACAUGAUUACUUCGACACUCCUGUGAAAACAGCAACUUCCAUUGCUGUUAUUGUACUACUUUUACUUACCCUUGUCCAAACCAUUUGUUCUGUCUAUCCACUAAUUAAGGGUACUUAGAUGGCUUAUCGUUUCAUCUUUGAAAUGUUAUGGAAUGCUUUUGUACUCAUCAAAGAAUAAAGUAAUGUUGUAAAAUUUUAUUAAGUAAUAAAAGUAUUAAUUAGUCAAUUAAAGGCAGUAUAUAGUUAAUCCCCAACAUUUCAAUGUCAGGC